UGGAAAUAACCACCCGGGGUGGGGGCUGCCAGAGCUGGUGAUUUACCCCUGUGUUGUGUGGGAGAUGGUGAUGUGGAUUUGUCUUGGCUCCCACCCCCACCGUAGGGCGAGGGCUGUGAAAUCUGGAAUAUCCGGGGAGCGCUGUUGGGAGGGGGAGGAGCCAGGGUGUGACCCUGGAAGCGGAGAGGGGAGUCAUCUUAGUGAAAGACAGGAGGGAGAGGGCUGGGGUCGGAAAGUUGAGGGGGCUUGUGCGCAUGUGCGUGUGUGCUGAAGCCUUGAGGUCGUGAGACCCGAGAAGUGGGGUCAGCUGUGUGGGCCCGAGUGGGGUGCUGGGGUGUCCACGCGGAGCGCGCAAGGUUGAAGGGCUGACGUCACGGGUUGGCGGGGGGCGGGGCCUCGAAUGCAGGGUCGGGAAGCUGAGGCGGAGAAGAGGAGCCAGGAAGAGUCUUGGGACUGGAAUGAAACCAGCAACCAGGAUGGGCCACUGGUCACAGAGCAAGGAUGAAGGAUGCAGCGACACUGGCCAUGGACCAGCCAGCCGGCCUGCAGGUGGACUGUGUCUUCCGGGGUGUGGAGCAUGCCGUGCGGGUGGUGGUGUCUGGGCAGGUACUAGAGCUGGAGGUGGAGGACCGGAUGACGGCUGACCAGUGGCGGGGCGAGUUCGAUGCCAGCUUCAUCGAAGAUCUGACUCACAAGACAGGGAACUUCAAACAGUUCAGCAUCUUCUGUAACAUGCUGGAGUCGGCUCUCACCCAGAGCAGUGAGUCGGUCACCCUUGACCUGCUGACCUACACAGACCUGGAGUCCCUGCGGAAUCGCAAGAUGGGGGGCCGCCCAGGCCCUUUGGCCUCAAGAUCAGCCCAGCUCAACUCCAAGCGCUAUCUGAUCCUCAUCUACUCUGUGGAGUUUGACAGGAUUCACUACCCGCUGCCCCUCCCGUACCAGGGCAAGCCGGACCCUGUGGUCCUGCAGGGCAUCAUCCGCUCACUGAAGGAGGAGCUGGGCCGCCUUCGAGGGCUGGACGGCCAGGAUGCUCGGGACACCAGGGAGACUGAGAUCUGGCACCUGAGGGAACAGGUUUCACGCCUGGCAUCGGAGAAGCGCGAGCUGGAGGCCCAGCUGGGCCGAUCUCGAGAGGAGGCUCUGGCCGGGAGGGCGGCGCGCCAGGAGGCUGAGGCGCUGCGUGGGCUCGUCCGCGGCCUGGAGCUGGAGCUUCGGCAAGAGCGGGGCCUCGGACACCGCGGGGUGGGCCGCCGCAGCCAGGAUUGCCGGCGCCUGGCCAAGGAGCUGGAGGAGGUGAAGGCGUCGGAGCGUAGCCUGCGCGCCCGGCUGAGGACCGUGAACAGCCAGCUGGCGGUGUACAAGAGGGGGAGACAGACUCCGCCGGUGGUGCCGCCCCGGGUGCGGGAGGAUCGGGCUUCGUCGUCGCGGGAGCGCUCCACAUCUCGUGGUCGCGGUGCCGCCCGCUCUUCUUCCCGGGAGAGCGGUCGGGGGAGCCGGGGUCGAGGCCGCCCCGUCCGCCCCUCGCCUUCACCCACAGGUGGUCGCGUGCCCCGUUUCGACCCCACGGCCUUUGUGAAAGCCAAGGAGAAGAAGCAGAGAGAGAUCAAGAUGAAGCAGCAGCAGCAGCGGAACCGACGGGGCAGCGGAGGAAGCGGCGACGGGCCGUCCGUCUCCUGGUCGCGCCAGACUCGGCCGCCCGCCGCCGUGACCGGCCGAGGGGACGCGGCCAACCGCUCGCGACACCGCAGCUCCUCGGUGGACAGUCUCCGCAGCCGCUGCUCGUCCGCCAGCUCCUGCAGCGAGUUUGAGGAUUUCUCUGAAUCCCUCCCUAGAGGCGUUCGCCGCGGGAAGCCUCCCAGCCCCACAACCUGGAGUGGGUCCAAUACGCAAAAGUCCACCCCUCUGGAUCGCGGCCGCCGUCAGAGACGCCCGGCUAAUUCGGGGGGCUGGGUCCCUAUCAAAGAGUACAGCUCGGACCACCAGGCAGCGGACAUGGCGGAAAUAGACGCCCGCCUGAAGGCCUUGCAGGAAUACAUGAACCGUCUGGACACAAGGUCGUGACCUUGGGCAGGGAGUACUGCCCCUCCACCCCCCCCCCCCACCCCCCCCCACCCCCACUGCUGCAUUCGGUGUGGAGGGGCGGGGCUGGCGGGUCCUUCCGGCCCGGCUCAGGCUCCUCCCCUGCUGGUGCUCCUGGGGUCUCCCGUGUGUGAGGCCCUGACCCCUCCCUCUCUCCCGUGCAUUGCAGGCUGGGGGGCGGAGGGAGGGGGUGUGCAUUUUGUAAAUAAACAUAUUUGUCCUUGGGA